GUGCACGUACUACGUACCGGCAGCAGAAGGAAGAAGGUCAGGCCACCACACAUCCUCUGUACUGUACAGCCUCCCAAUGGCGUCGCUCGUCGCCGUCCAGCCGGUCGCCGUGAGGGGCCUGGCCGGCAGCUCCAUCUCCGGCCGCAAGCUCGCCGUCCGGCCCGCCUCCGCCGCCGUCUCCCGCUCCACCCGCAGGGCUCGCGGGGCGGCGGUGGUGGCCAAGUACGGGGAGAAGAGCGUCUACUUCGACCUGGACGACAUCGCCAACACGACGGGGCAGUGGGACCUGUACGGCAGCGACGCCGCGUCGCCCUACAACGGCCUGCAGAGCAAGUUCUUCAACACCUUCGCCGCGCCCUUCACCAAGCGCGGGCUGCUGCUCAAGGUCCUGCUGCUCGGCGGCGGCUCGCUGCUCGCCUACGUCAGCGCCACCGCCUCCCCCGACCUGCUCCCCAUCAAGAAGGGGCCCCAGCUGCCGCCCACCCCGGGACCACGCGGCAAGAUCUAAGUAGAUCUGCAAUCAAAGCCUUCUUCCUCCUCUCGCCUCGCCUCGCCUCGGCUCGGCUCGUGCUUGUGUACCAUGGAUCUGAUGGAUUCCCCUCUAUCUAUGCUUCUGUUGAUACUUGAUCGUUGUACUUCGUAUCAGUAAUUGGAAAGAUGCUGCAUGCAUGAUGCAUGCAAUUACUGUAGAUCAUUUGCUCUUUGAUGAUUGCUACGUACUGGUUUUUGUACCAUGUUUAGGCCAUACUGGCGAUUUAAAUUACUCUACUUGUCUA